UCCAUCUUCAAGGUUCUUGCGUAUGGAUCUUAUAUGCAGUGUCUUGUCUGUCUAUCUUUACAACUUGUGGCUUUAGCUGCUAGAAUUUCAUUGGUAAAGUCCAGAAAGUAGCCCACAGCUGCGAUAUGGCAGCCGCCGUGACUGCCCGAUCAACGCGGAAGGAUGAUACCAACUAUAAGUUACAUUUCCGAAUGAUAAACGAGCAACAAGUGGAUGAUAUCUGUAUUGAUUUCUUCUAUAAACCACACACUAUUACACUGCUGACAGUUACUGUGCUUAGCUUGAUGUACUUUGCUUUUACCAGGGAUGAUGAGCACUUAGACAACAAUCUCCAAGUUGGCCUCUUUGUGGUUGUCUCCUUCUUCUUGGUCAUCAGUGUUCUGGCCUUUCCUAAUGGACCUUUUACCAGGCCACACCCUGCGAUAUGGCGAAUGGUGUUUGGUCUGAGUGUACUCUACUUCCUCUUUCUGGUCUUCCUCAUCUUCCUCAACUGGAACCAGGUGAAGACUAUGAUGUACUGGCUGGACCCAAAUCUGCGCUAUGCCACACGGGAAGCCGACAUCAUGGAAUAUGCUGUAAACUGUACAGUGAUAACAUGGGAGCGCGUCCUGAGCCACUUCGACAUCUUUGCAUUCGGCCACUUUGCAGGCUGGGCCAUGAAGGCCCUGCUCAUCCGCAGCUACGGCCUCUGUUGGACCAUCAGCAUCACCUGGGAACUCACAGAGCUGUUUUUCAUGCACCUUCUGCCAAACUUUGCGGAGUGCUGGUGGGAUCAAGUGAUACUGGACAUACUGUUGUGUAAUGGAGGGGGCAUCUGGCUGGGUAUGACCGUCUGCCACUUUUUGGAGAUGAGGACCUACCGCUGGGCCAGUAUCAAGGAAAUCCACACCACCACAGGGAAAAUAAAGCGAGCCGUGCUCCAGUUCACCCCGGCCAGUUGGACCUACGUGCGUUGGUUCGACCCAAAGUCGUCCUUCCAGAGGCUCGCAGGCAUCUACCUCUUCAUGAUCUUAUGGCAGCUGACAGAGUUGAACACGUUCUUCCUCAAGCACAUCUUCGUCUUCCAGGCCUCUCACCCACUCAGCUGGUGUCGUAUCCUCCUUGUUGGAGUCAUCACUGCACCCACAGUGCGACAAUAUUAUGCAUACCUGACAGACACUCAGUGUAAACGGGUUGGCACACAGUGUUGGGUGUUUGGAGCUAUUGCUUUCCUGGAGGCUCUUGCUUGUGUGAAAUUUGGACACGACUUGUUUUCCAAGACACAAAUCCGCUAUGUACUCCUGUGGCUACUGUGUCUGGCACUCAUCACGCUUCUAUGCUUAUAUGGGAUGGUGUGGUAUGAGCAGAGUAAAAUGAAGAGCAUUUCUAUGCAAAGUGAGGACUGCGAUGACAGCAGUGUUGUCGACUCAUGUGGUUUCAUCCCAGAUGGUGUUGCAGGUCAGAGGGAGUCCUUGAGAAGUGUACAACCUACAAGACGGAAGAGAGCCUCUGGGAGAAACAGAUUUGUGAAUGGCCAUGGAGGAAAGAGACAAUAAUCAACACUGACGCUAAGUGUUCACAUCCUCUACGAAGGAGAUGUGUGAUGGAUAGACUCUAAAACUUUAUGCACAUUACAGAAUAAUUGUGGUUAGAGUUGCACCAAGGAUUUGAAGAAUCCUAGAGACCAGGAGGUAGACUCCACAAUAGAACAUCAACAAGCCUUGAUAUGUUAUUUCAGCUUAUCUAGUUGUAAUUGCUGUGGGAGUCAGAGGCACAACACAGCAAUGAGCUGAAAGCUACAUAGACCUGCAGACCAGGGUGGUGAUGUGUGGUAUGUGGAAUCGGCAGUACUAGCAAACCUUUAAUACCGUAUGAGAAAUAUGAAAUAUGCACUACAUUUUGAAAGAGAAUAUUGCCUCACUUUGAUUUUAAAAAUUAGCAUGCUAGCCUCAGCGUCAUCCUACACCCAGCAUUUUCUGCCUUAAAUUGCUCAAUGUUGUUUGGAUGUUUUGCACUGUGGGACAUGCACAUAUGUCUGGUCAGGGGUGUGCUAGCUUUAUCAGUCUGGUCUGGUUUGCAAACCAGUCCACACCACCACCCUGAGUAUAUAUAUAUAUAUAUAUAUAUAUAUAUAUAUAUAUAUAUAUAUUUCUAUAUGCCCUUGGACUUGUUUGCACUUGACUGUUGUUUAUCAAUAUUUCUGUCACUGAAUUUAAUAGCUUUACUAGAAAAACUAAAGAUCACAAAUUAUUGUUGUGUAAGGCAUUUUGUAAGUCAUUUGAAUUGUUGGUGAUAUGUUAAUUUUGUUGAUUUGAUGUUUUAGUGUUUAUAUAACAAUUGCCUGAAGUGCCAAAUUUGCACUUAUCGAUAAUACAGUAAUCUACUGGUAUAUACAGCACUGUCUGCUUUUCCUCAAUGAAAAUAACAGCAUCAGGAAAAAAAUUUUCUCUACUUUAUAUUAGAGGAACGACAAAGUUUAACCCAACCAACUGUAGCAUUUACAUGUUUUACAUUCCUACCCUUUUAAGCUUUCAUCAAUGUGAUUAUUGGAACGGUUGAGAUGUAUGUUAUUUUUGCAAUUUUGUAUGUGUUUGUAAUUGAGAGAAGUUAGCAGUGUAUCUGUACGCUGUACUGACAGAAUACUGUGACAUUCAAUGCAAUAGCACUGUGGUGACAUUCAAUAGCAGAGGAUAAUCACUUGUGUGAAAUUAUUAUUUUCAGAGGCAGUCUUUCUGAAGUUUUUUAGUGCUCCAAAUUAAUACAAUAUUACGUUAAUAUAGCACAAUAGGUGACUGGUCCACAUAAGUUGUUCUUAAUAUUAUUGAACGAUGCAGUGUAGUUUCAUGUCUAGUGUUAGAGUGUGUUUUACAACCUCCCGUUAGUUUGACAAACGUUACUAAGUGAAUGUUUUCUGAUUGAAUUUGUAUUGACACUGUUUAAAUAAAACUUUCUUAAUCACUU